UUCACACCCAAACACACACAGACAGGUCUACAAAAAGACCACGUUACUUACUCACAGGGUCUCAGUGGGGGUCCCUUAGAUGGUUGACGGUUAACAACAAGCCGAUUUGACGGUUGACUGUUAAUUUUUCGGAAUGACGUUUUUAACACGAAAUUAAAGCGCAAAUAACUUUCACGUGACCUUCAGCUGCUGAAACAAGUGACAAGUAAAGUGGUAAACCAAGUAGAAAUGAUAAUAUAACGCUUAAUUUUUAAGAGAGGCUUUAUUUCAAUUAACGAGUCAAUUACGUUGUGUUGCAAUGAUCAUGUUGGCAGUUAGUAUUGGCUCUGUGACAUUAUCAUUAUUUUCUUUGUCAGGGUGACCGCAAUGGCUGCGGCUGUAGGAGCGGCCGCAAUUCCAUCUGCAGGCCUGGUUACCAUGUUACUCGUGCUGCAAGCUGUCAAUCUUCCGCUUGGCGAUGUGGCUUUACUCUGGGCCGUUGACUGGUUCAUGGAUCGCUUCCGAACUGUGGUUAAUGUUCUUGGAGAUGCAAUUGGAGCCGGAAUAGUAGAUCACUUGUCACGUGAUGAGCUGAUGGAUGCUGACCAAUCCAAGAUGGAAGAAGGUGGACAGGGAGUUGACGGUGAAGUCAUUGAAUUAAUCGAGGCUCCACAAGAACGAUACACACGCAAGGAUCCGGAUUCCGGAUCAGUUGGCGUCCAACCCCCCUAAAGCAGGUUAUUGCCUUGCCACUUUACUGUUGGUUUAGUUAUAAAGGGCCAUUCUAUAUGCAUGUGUUUACUGGCCUUUUGUUCCGAGACAAGAAAUAUCGAUUCUUAUAGCCCGUAAACGUUAGAGCUGUUUUUUAUCAGUUAGCCUUUUUUACAUGAAAUUUUCGCGACACGUUUAUUUCGCGAUUUUGAGGUGCGCAUAUUUCGCGACACAUAAAUUCCUCGAUUUUGCAAAAAUUAUGUAUUUUGAAUCACUCUAACUUCGCGUUUUCGGCUAACACAAUUUAUUUCCUUGGCAAUGUUACUCAAACAUGUCCUUGAAUUUAGUAAACCGACUUUAUCAAAGGUGCAGUAACGUCAAAAGUAACAAAAACGCAACGGCGGGACUAUACGUUAACAAUAACAUAAUGUUAGUUACUUAAUUUUCGCGUCAUGCGAUCAUGUUGUGUUCGCGACACUUAUUGCUGUCGUCACUUUAAUUUCGCGAUUUUUUUUUAAAUCGCGAUAUUCGCGAGAUUAACGUGUCGCGAAAUUCUCAUGUAAUAAGGUACAAGGUCGAAUGUUCUGCUAAUAGUCGGCGAGUUGUCCAAUUGCUCCUUGUUUUCUAAAUAAUGAUUUAGCGGAAACAUUUUCGGCUAAGAGCACAAAAGUUAUAUUAAUUUCAUGUGAUUUUUCGCAGCUUGUGGGGAAGAAAACAUUCUCUUCCUAAAUAUACCCUUCCAUAAUCAAGUUAAAGUGUAUCCUUUAUUUACCAAAACAAGAAAUAUUCAGUGUAUAUAUUUGACCAGAAGCAUAUCACCUCGUCGAGGUGAUAUGCUUCUGAUUUGACAUACUAGAGGUUUCUUUUAGUCCUAUUUGCUUUCAGUACUCGCAGAUACAAGUACGCUUUUCCAAAAGUACCACAGUGUCUUGAAUGUGGGUAAGCAAGGCUUUCUUUUUCAAUAAACGCAAAAUAAUUCUGAUUCAUCUGAUGCAUCUCCUCCUGACGAAUGCAAAAUACGAACCUCAACUCCCAUAUUCAAGAAAUUAUUAGUACCUUUUAGGAAAGGCCUACUAGCAGCUGUUCUUAAAGAACGAAUGUUGCGCUAUAGCAACAAUAAAGAAAUGUAAGACAGAAAUAAUAACGUGACAAUGAUUGAAGACUACACCGAGCGCACUCAGUGUGCUACCUAACUCGUGGAUCUUUUGUCAGCUAUAAACAAAUGAGGCUGGUAGUUGUUUUAGUUGUGAUCCAAUGUAUUUUUUUAGAUAGCUUUCUGCAAAUCAGUCAUAAAUUAAUUAUGUCCUAGUUACACCCAUGUUUAUUUGCGUGUUAAUGUAACAGCUUGUAACAGCUUUUACCUUCCUUAGAAUUAAAUUUUUGAGCUACAACAUAAUUUUUUAUCACCUUAGUAUGCUUACAUAUAGGUUAUCGUUUCCAGUCCCCAAGGGAAGGAAGAAAAGUAUACAGUGUCAUCUGUAUAAGGUCAGAGUGUAUUAAAGCAUUAUAUAAACGACUGUA